UGUUAUUUUUGUGAAUAACUUUGCCUUCGGCCCCGAGGUGGAUCACCAGCUGAAGGAGCGAUUUGCCAACAUGAAGGAAGGUGGGAGAAUUGUGUCCUCAAAACCUUUUGCACCUCUAAAUUUUAGAAUUAACAGUCGAAACUUGAGUGAUAUUGGCACUAUAAUGAGAGUUGUGGAGCUGUCACCCCUGAAGGGAUCCGUGUCCUGGACAGGGAAACCAGUCUCCUACUACCUGCAUACUAUAGACAGAACCAUACUUGAAAACUAUUUUUCUAGUCUCAAGAAUCCAAAACUCAGGGAGGAACAAGAGGCAGCUCGACGGCGUCAGCAGAGGGAAAACAAGAGCAACACGACUACCCCGACCAAGGUCCAGGAGAACAAGGAUUCUGGUGCUGAGGAAGAAAAAGCUGCAGCCAACUCUGUCAAAAAGCCAUCUCCCUCCAAGGCAAGGAAGAAGAAGCUGAGCAAGAAAGGAAGGAAAAUGGCUGGGAGGAAACGGGGCCGCCCCAAGAAGAUGAACCCGGCGAGUACCGAGCGCAAGACCAAGAAGAACCAAACUGCACUGGAACUUCUGCACGCCCAGACUGUCUCCCAGACAUCUUCAUCCUCUCCUCAGGAUGCCUACAAGUCACCUCACAGCCCAUAUUACCAACUACCUCCGAAAGUACAGCGGCAUUCGUCCAACCAGCUCCUGGUGACUCCCACCCCUCCUGCACUACAGAAGCUGCUUGACUCUUUUAAGAUCCAGUACAUGCAGUUCAUGGCUUACAUGAAAACCCCUCAGUACAAAGCAAGUCUGCAACAGUUACUGGAGCAGGAAAAGGAGAAGAAUGCCCAGCUCCUGGGGACAGCACAGCAGUUGUUCACCCACUGCCAGGCCCAGAAAGAGGAAAUCAAAAGGCUCUUCCAGCAGAAGCUCGAUGAGUUGGGAGUGAAAGCUCUGACGUACAACGACCUGAUCCAGGCUCAGAAGGAAAUCUCUGCUCACAACCAGCAGCUGAAAGAACAGACCAAACAGCUGGAAAAGGACAACAGUGAACUCAGGAACCAGAGCCUGCAGCUGCUGAAGGCUCGGUGUGAGGAGCUGAAGCUGGACUGGUCGACCUUGUCCCUGGAGAACUUGCUGAAGGAGAAGCAGGCGUUGAAGAACCAGAUUUCUGAGAAGCAGAAGCACUGUUUGGAACUGCAGAUCAGCAUCGUGGAGCUGGAGAAGAGCCAGCGGCAGCAGGAGCUGCUGCAGCUCAAGUCGUACACGCCGCCGGAGGAGCCGCUGCCGGUGCAGCUGCACGGCAAACCCCACCUGAGCCGGGACCCCGAGGCCGAGCAGGGCAGGUUCCAGCUGGAGCUGGAGUGCUCCAAGCUGCCCCUGCCCCAGGUGAACGGCAUGAGCCCCGAGCUGUCCAUGAACGGCCACGCCACCCCCUACGAGCUGCAGCACGCCUUCGGCCGGCCCUCCUCCAAGCAGAACACCCCCCAGUACCCCUCCUCACACCUGGAGCACGACAUCGUGCCCUGCACCCCCAGCCACAGCAGGCAGAAGGCAGACAAGGUGACCAGCCUGGCCCUCCCUGACUACACCAGGUUUUCCCCGGCUAAAAUAGCACUGAGGAGACACUUGAACCAAGACCACGGGGUCAACGGGAAGGCGGCGGCCAACGAGAUGCAGAGAGCUGAGCAUGUCAAAGAGAAUGGCCUUACAUAUCCCAGCCCUGGAAUUGCAAAUGGCAUAAAGCUGAGUCCUCAGGAAACUCGGCCCUCUUCCCCAGCGGCCUUACCCAGUGCAGGAGAGAAGGUUUUGAGAGAGAGAACCUCUGUGAGUAAUGGAGAAACUAUCACCAGCCUCCCUAUCAGUAUUCCUCUGAGCACAGUGCAGCCCAAUAAACUCCCUGUUAGUAUCCCUCUGGCCAGCGUAGUCCUACCUAGCCGUGUUGAGAAGGUGAGAAGCACACCUAGCCCAGUUCAUCAGAGCAGAGACUCAGCAACACUUGAAAAGCAGAUUGGUGCUAGUUCUCAUAAUGGCAUAAGCAAUGCUGCUGGAAACAAGCCUCUGGCUUUGGCUACCUCAGGUUUUUCUUACUCUUCUGGCUCCGUGGCAGUCAAUGGAACUCUUACAAACAGCCCAGCCCAUCUUAACCAUAGUGUUGAUCAGGCAGCUCUGGACGACUCUGGGAGUCUCUUUAACUCUGUAGGGUCUCGGAGUUCCACCCCACAACAUCCUUUGCUAAUGAUGCAGCCGAGGAACUCUGGGCAGAGCUCCCCUGCCCAGCAGCACUCGGCGAGCCCCAGGCUGAGUGCCCAGAGCCUGGUAGGGGUUUUGCAGUUUGCAGAUGCUCAGAAGAUCUUUGCCGAAGGAACAAAGGGGGACCUUCAGUCUGAUGCAGAUCCUGAGACCGAGGCCAAGAGAAGAAUCAUCUUUACAAUCUCUCCUAAUACAGGACAUGUAAAACAAUCCCCUCCCAGCAAGCACAGCCCUGUGCCCGCGGGCGCUCGGCUGGAGCUCGGCCAAGCCCACGCCCAGGACGGGAAGAAGCGGGGCCGGAGGAAGAGAUCUGGGAAUCUCAGCGGGAGCUCCGGGGUCUCCCCGAAGCGCAAAUCCCUCCCUGCUGUGUCUGGGCUCUUUACGCAGCCGUCGGGGUCACCCCUCAACAUCAACUCCAUGGUCAAUAACAUUAACCAGCCCUUAGAAAUAACAGCCAUUUCCUCUCCUGAAAACUCCCUGAAGAACUCUCCUGUUCCUUACCAGGACAAUGACCAGCCCCCCGUGCUGAAAAAGGAGAAGCCCCUCGUUCAGACCAACGGUGUCCAUUACUCCCCCCUGACAUCGGAUGACGAGCAGGGCUCUGAGGAUGAGCACAAUAGCAGCAGAAUUGAGAGGAAAAUUGCAACAAUAUCAUUGGAAAGCAAAUCUCCACAGAAGACUGUUGAAAAUGGCGGCAGCUUGAACGGGCGGAAACAAGCACAAGGCACCGAGAACAUGAACAGCAGCAAAUGGAAAUCGACUUUCUCCCCGAUCUCUGACAUCAACCUGACCAAAACCACGGACAGCCCCUUGCAGGCGGGCUCUGCCCUGAGCCAGACCUCGCUGUUCUCCUUCCGGCCGCCCCCCGAGGAGAGCCUGGGCCUGGACGGCGCCAAGGCCGCGGCGCACGCCAGGAAGGGCCUGGCCGUGGGCUCGGACGGGCUCAGCCCUGGCACCAACCCCUCCAACGGCUUCGCCUACAACGGGGGCCUCUCCGCCGAGCUGGGCCUGCACGGCUUCAUGGACGGCGCUUCCCUCCCGCACAAGGCUCCGGAUGGGAGCGCUGCCAACUGCUCCCUGGGCUUCCAGCGGGGCAAAGACGCGGCGGCCGCGGCCGACACCAACCUGUUCCUGAACAAGAGGCAGCUGGAAGGGCUGGGCGGCUCCAAGGGGGACGAGCUGAGCCGCCCGGGGGCCAAAGGCAAAGAGCCGGGCGAGCUGAGCGGCCGCGCGGGGGGCUCCUCGGACAAGGGCGCCCUGCAGCACAACGGGAAGGCCGGCAAGGGCAGGGACCGAGAGGUGGAGUUCAAAAACGGCCACAACCUUUUCAUUUCUGCUGCUGUUUCGUCUGGUGGCCUUCUGAACGGGAAAAGCCUUUCUACUGCCGUUUCGUCAGCGGGCAACCCGGCGUCUUCUGUCCCGACGCACCACCCCUUCCUCAACACUCUGACCACUGGAUCGCAGUUCCCCCUCGGCCCCAUGGCCCUGCAAGCAAACCUCAACUCGGUGACAAACUCCUCAGUAUUGCAGUCCUUAUUUAAUUCCAUGCCAGCUGCUGCCAGUCUGGUCCACGUGUCAUCAGCUGCAACCAGACUGACUAAUUCUCACACUAUGGGGAACUUCUCUCCUGGGGUUACAGGUGGAACAGUUGGAGGUAUUUUUAACCACGCGGUGCCUUCUGCCUCCUCCUCUCAUCAGUUUGGAGCCAGUUUCAGCAGCAGUGCUGUCUCUAGCAGCACGGUGCUAAGCUUAAACCCUCUGCAGGCUGUUGCCAGCACCUCAUCCUCAUCCUUCCCACCCUCUGCCUCUAAUUUAGUAACAUCUAGCGAGGCUAGAGCCGCUCAGCCCCUCAGCAGGGCGCCUGUGCAGCCCGUUUUCCACCCCCCUCCUAACGUGUCCUUGCCUCCCCCUCCUCCUCUGCUCGCUUCUAACCCCGAGCCCGCGCUCCUGCACAACCUGCCGUCCCUCCCGGCCGGAGAAACAUUCCUGCCCUCCUCCACCACCACCUCCUCCUCCACAUCCUCCUCCUCCUCCUGCGCUGCCUCUGUCCAGUCUAACUCUUCUUUGUCUCUCAAACUCGCCUCCCUGCAGCACAAACCCUCCCGCCCCUCCUUCACCGUGCACCACCCGGCCGUGCCGCGCGCGGCGCUGGCCCCGCCGCCCACCGGUGCCGGCGCCAUGUGGGUCACCCUGGGCGUGCAGCCCCCCCUGGCCUCGCACCUGCCGGGGGUUAAACCGCGCUAAGGGCGCCCGGCCUGAGCCGGCGGGGCUGGCUCUGCAAGGUAACUAGGAUUUCUACCUCAACCCAAUGUGACCUAUGCAAGGACAACGUGGACCAACUUCACUCGGCUUCCACUGAAAGGUGCUCACCUGGCCUGUGCAGGGGUUUCUACUCUCUUACUACUGGACAAAAUAAAAACCACACACACACACACACAAAAAAAAAAGACCUAAACAACAGAGCAAACAUUUACUGUGAAUCUGAGUUUAAAAAAACAAAAAAAAAA